AGAGGAGGACGUGGAUAACCAUCCACGUCCUCCCGCUCCUCGAUCGGAAUCAAGGUCGAAGAGGAUUGACUUGCCCCAUCAAGUUAAAUCUUCCGCCGUCUCUCCCGGCAGUCGUGGCACCUCCUUCACCGUCUUGUGGAGACGCACGAUUGCCAAACUCUACCGAUCGAGCCUCCUCUCAGGACGAAUUGCACGCAAAAAGCACCCACCACCCGUGUGUGUACACCGCACCGAAAGAAACGCGUAGACUGCCGGGAUCGGUAGCGUCGAUUACCGCGCAUUUCAAACAUAUCUCGAUAAUCGCAAUUCGAUUGUACGGCAGCGCGAGUAGUCGUCACCGUUCAUUCACCGCGCCUGAACGCCACGUGACUAUCCCGAUGGUCCAACUGCGCAGAGCUUCGAGUCGUUGCAUCAAGUCGUUCAUCUCGUCGAUUGUCUCGGCAGAAUGAUCACUUCGCUCGCACGAAUUGGCAACUCUGCGACUGUCUUGCGUAGAAGUUUUAAUUGCUGGACGGCAGCGAUAACGAAGAAACACAGACCGGUUUACGAACGGACGUAUCCUACAACACUUGUUUUUUCUGACGGGAGUAGUAUAGAGAUCGAGUAUCAUGAGCCGCGAAAGAUAAUAGUCCUACCGCAGAAUCUCGCGGAACUUACAGAGGCAGAACAGAAGCGGAGACUUAAAAUGCGUAGACCGAAAACUAAAAUGGUUAUAGUCGAAGAACUUGAGGAUAACUUUGAUGAGAAUAGAUAUCUCAACAAGUGA